AUGGUUGCUGCUGAAGUAAUGCCUGAUAAACCCCUUCAAGGAGUUCCCAUCCUUGCAAGAGAAAGCAGUUUUUCAUCUUCAUCUAGGAGGUUGGAAGGCAAAGUUGCUAUUGUAACUGGGGGUGCCAGAGGAAUUGGGGAAGCAACAGUGCGAGUUUUUGUCAAGAAUGGUGCAAAGGUUGUGAUUGCUGAUGUUGAAGAUGCACUUGGAACUAUGCUUGCUGAGACAUUAGCUCCUUCAGCUACCUAUGUUCAUUGUGAUGUUAGCAUUGAAGAAGACGUUGAGAACUUGGUGAGUUUUACAAUUUCUCGCUAUGGAAAACUAGACAUAAUGUUCAACAAUGCUGGGGUGCUUGGAAACCAGUCAAAGAACAAGAGCAUUAUCAAUUUUGACCCUGAUGAGUUUGACCGAGUCAUGCGUGUGAAUGUGAAGGGAAUGGCUCUAGGAAUCAAGCACGCAGCAAGGGUGAUGAUUCCUAGAGGAAUUGGGUCCAUUAUAUCCACAGCUAGUGUAGCUGGAGUCAUGGGAGGGCUUGGACCACAUGCUUAUACAGCUUCAAAGCAUGCUAUAGUUGGGCUUACAAAGAACACAUCUUGUGAGUUAGGAAGGUAUGGGAUAAGGGUCAAUUGCAUUUCUCCAUUUGGGGUGGCCACAUCCAUGCUUGUGAAUGCAUGGAGAACAAGCCAUGAAGAAGAUGAUGAUGAUGAUGAUGAUGAGAGAAUCAAUUUUGGGUUACCUUUCCAUGAGGAAGUAGAGAAAACGGAGGAGUUUGUGAGAGGGCUUGCCAGCUUGAAAGGAACAACUUUAAGGGCCAAAGAUAUUGCUGAGGCUGCCCUUUAUCUUGCUAGCGAUGAAUCCAAAUAUGUUAGUGGUCAUAAUCUUGUUGUUGAUGGUGGAAUCACAUCCUCAAGAAAUUGUGUUGGCUUGUAA